AAUAAUAUAAUCGAACGAAAUAAAUGAUUUUUCGUCAGCUGGCGGAAACAGGUGAGUGAAGUGAGAGUGAGAACCUUCAGCCAGCCCGUUUCCGGUUGUCAGCGACCUACCCCAGCCGGCGAUACCAUUCAUUCUUUCACUGCUGAGCAGAGGACCGAAGCAACUGACAGUCUCCCCUCUACCGGUCAUCUCGGAAUAUAAUACAACCGGAAGUCUCCUCAGACCCUAGGUAGUAUUUUUGUCCCACAAGUUCGAAAACUUGAAACCGCGACUUUUCUGCUCUGGUUUCUGUCAAACGGCGAAGCUCCCGGGCGCUCAACAGGAGAGAAAGCGAGAGAGAAUCAACACAGAAAGACAAAGAUAUUUGUAGAAAUGUUGGCAAUUGGCAACUCUACUUCCAGUUUGCAUACGGGCAUUGGAUGCAAUCUUUUACUCAGAGAGCUUCAGGUACCAAAAAAUUUUUGGGUGAGAAAGGAAUGUAAUUUAGGAGGGAAGUGUUUAACUUUAGCAAAAAAAUUUGAGUUGAAUUGCUCAGCAGACAAAGAAAUGGAUGUGACCACUUCAGCUUUAGUUGAUUGUGUAACAGAGGGCUUAAGUGAAAUUGAUAUUAGGGAGCCUAGUAUUUCAACAAUAUUGAUGAACUUUGAGAAUAAGUUCGAUCCUUAUGAUGCAAUGAGUACCCCGCUUUACCAAACAGCUACAUUUAAGCAGCCAUCAGCAAUAGAAAAUGGCCCAUAUGAUUACACCAGAAGUGGAAAUCCCACCAGGGAUGCUUUGGAAAGCCUCUUGGCAAAGCUAGAUAAAGCAGAUCGAGCAUUGUGCUUCACAAGUGGAAUGGCUGCUUUGGCUGCAGUUACUCAUCUUGUUGGAACUGGUCAGGAAAUUGUUGCUGGAGAUGAUUUGUAUGGUGGUUCUGAUAGAUUGCUGUCUCAAGUAACCCCAAAAUCUGGAGUUGUGGUCAAACGAGUAAAUACUAGCAAUCUGGAUGAGGUUGCAUCUGCAAUUGGCCCCUGGACAAAGCUUGUGUGGCUAGAGAGCCCAACUAACCCUCGUCAACAAAUUUCUGAUAUUCGGAAAAUUGCAAAGAUGGCUCACACACAUGGUGCUCUUGUCUUGGUAGACAAUAGUAUUAUGUCCCCUGUAUUGUCACAGCCAUUGGAACUUGGGGCAGACAUAGUGAUGCACUCUGCUACUAAAUUUAUGGCUGGGCAUAGUGAUGUCAUGGCAGGUGUGCUUGCAGUAAAAGGGGAAAGCUUGGCGAGAGAUUUGUAUUUCCUACAAAAUGCAGAAGGCUCUGGAUUAGCACCAUUUGACUGUUGGAUUUGUUUACGAGGUAUUAAGACCAUGGCCUUACGUGUAGAGAAACAACAGGACAAUGCACAGAAGAUUGCUGAGUUUCUUGCUUCACAUCCGCGAGUGAAGAAAGUUAACUAUGCGGGUCUUCCUGGUCAUCCUGGACGUGACUUGCACUAUUCUCAGGCAAAGGGUGCAGGUUCCGUGCUUAGCUUUUUAACAGGAUCACUGGAACUCUCAAAGCACAUUGUUGAGACUACCAAGUAUUUCAGUAUAACUGUCAGUUUUGGGAGUGUCAAGUCCCUCAUAAGCAUGCCUUGCUUUAUGUCCCAUGCAAGUAUACCAGCAGCAGUCCGAGAAGCCAGAGGCCUUACCGAAGAUCUUAUUCGCAUCUCUGUGGGGAUAGAGGAUGUGAAUGAUCUGAUUGCUGAUUUAGACCAUGCUCUAAGAACUGGUGCACUGUAGGCAUUUGAGGUUCUACGGACUUAAUCCUAGCACCUAGAGUGAAUCUGAAACCAAAUGCUGCUCAACUUUCGAGUGUGGUUAGAAAUAUAUGAUGUUUGUUUGUGGUAGUUACUGAUGUUUUGAUUUAAACAAAUGCAUUUAAGAUGAAUCCAGGUUUUUGUGUACUGAUAUGGGAAUGGAUUUCUAGUCAUGUGAUUCAAUAACUAUCGGUAACUUUUAAGAACAAUUGAUAUUUAUUCAAA